UAAGGAGUGAGGAAAAGGGAAAACAGGUUUGUUUUCGGGUCUAAAACUGGACAGCUCGAAAACCUCAUCAAUGAGCUUCUGCGAAUUGAGCUGAGACCCAAUUCUCUCUCUGAGCCAUAUCCAUGAAUGACUUCCUCUCCACGCUUCAGUACCCAUCACCACUACCACCAGUAGCAGCAGCAAUGGAUUCUCUCCUACUAUCGCAUCCUCGCUGCCGUACGGUUCCGAGUUUUCGGUGCAUCAAACAAGCAGCCUCUGUGUCUUCGAAACCCUAUCUUCCCUCUCAAAGCUUGUUGAAUUUGGCAGAGGUUGCUGUGCGUCCCUUAAUCUUCGGCUGGAAGAAGCACUCACGGGCUCAGUUCGUAACUUCUUGCAUAAACCCCAUCAAUGGAAGUAAGGGAGGUCGAUCUUCUCCUCGGAAGAUUUCCGCUUCGGGGAGAACGGCAAAGGGAGCCAAGAUUAAGCAACAACAGGAAUCAUCGAAAGGCAAGCGGGACGACGCUGCUGAUCAGGAAGAGAUAAUCUCUCUGUUCAGAAGAAUACAGUCUUCGAUUGCAAAGGGAGAGUCGGAGGAUCCCAAGAAGAAGAGAAGUUCCAGUUCUCGCGGGGAUAAGCCUGCAGCUGAGUCGGUUUUGGAGAUUAUCCGUAGUUCGAGGAAGCAAACAAGAGACAAGGGUUCGUUGAAGGGAGGGAGUAAGCUGAUACCCCGACAAAGAGGACUGCCCAGGAGAGAAAAGGGAGUCGAGGUUGAGGAUAUUCAGUCGAUAGAAAACUUCAGAUUAACUCGGCCGCCUUCAAACUUUGUGAAAAGGUCUCCGAUCCCGUUUCCAUCAGCUCCAAGGGGGAAGGACCGUUUGCUGAUCAGUGAAGUAUCACCGGCUGUGUCUGAGACGAUUGCAUCCCAGUUGGAGAAACUCGAAGAAAUGAAACUUCCAGAGCUCAAGGAGCUAGCUAAGUCCCGAGGUGUUAAAGGGUAUUCAAAAUUGAAAAAAAAAGAGCUUGUGGAGCUUUUAAGGUCCUAAAACUACGGAAAAUGCAGAGUGCGGCUGAAAUUUGAUUGCUUGUGCUGUUAUCUUCUUGCCCAUUGGUUGUUCUUUCCAUUGUGGAACCAAUAGCUGGAUUCGGAAUGUUAUAAUGUUCAGAGGUUGAUCUUUGAGGGUUCAAUCAUUGCUUGAUGUUUGCUGCCAUAA